GAAAUACUCGUCAAAAAAACUGCAGCAGGACUAAGCCCUGCAAACUGGAAGAUCCAGGCUACAGAUCAUUCAGUCGAAACUUUUCCUGUUAUUCUCGGUUUGGAAGGUGCCGGGGAGGCUGUGCAGACUGGCAAAGGCGUCUCGAACUUCAGGAAGAGUGACAAA